UGCCUUUCAAUCCCAACCCAUUCCUUAAGCGCUCGUAAAGAUCUAAAUAUAUUCACAAAUAUACAGGACGACUCCAAUGACAUUGAAAUAGAUUUGGACGAACUCUUGGAUGUGGAGGAAGACUUGGGGCGCAAAGAAUGGCUUAGAAGCAAAUUAAUAGACGCCAAGCAAUCAAAAGAUAUCGUCGAGACGUUUAUCGUAGAGCUUCUCGAAAAGGCAAAAACUCUUUGA